UCGAAUAUGUGUGCAUGUACGUGUGUACCGUGUCACAAAUGUAGCCGUGAUUUUCAUGACUUUUUUCCAUCGCUCGUGAUCGUCGCCUAGGAGGAUGCCAAUUUACAGUGUUUACGUGAUCAAUCGAGCUGGGGGUCUGAUCUACCAGAUGGACCACACCCAGCCAAAGACAGAGGUGGAGAAGACGUUCAGUUUCCCGUUGGAGCUGACGCUUAAAAUCUACGAUGAGCGGGUGGUGGUGUCGUUUGGACAGCGAGACGGGAUCAAAGUGGGGCACACCAUACUUGGCAUCAAUGGAGAGCCGGUGCGAGGACGUCAGCUGGAGGAUGGCAGGGAUGUCCUCGAGAUGAUAGCCAACCCCGAAAACUACCCAAUAGCCAUCAAGUUUGGCAGGCCAAAGCUCUCCACCAAUGAGCGCAUCAUGCUAGCCAGCAUGUUCCAUUCCCUUUACGCCAUCGGGUCCCAGCUGUCCCCAGCGCAGAAGUCGUCAGGAAUUCAGGUCCUAGAGACAGACUCCUUCAAGCUGCACUGUCUGCAGACUCUCUCAGGUAUCAAGCUGAUCGUGUUGGCUGAUCCCAAGCAGGGCGGCAUUGACGCCCUCCUCAAGAAAAUCUACGAGGUGUACUCCGACUUUGCCCUGAAGAACCCCUUCUACUCAAUCGACAUGCCCAUCAGGUGCCAACUCUUUGACGACAACCUCAAGGCGGUCCUGGAGACGGCAGAGCGACUAAGCAUGUACUCGUCAGGAAUAAAUUAACGUAAGACCCAUUUUUGUUACACAAAUGGGAGCCUGGUUUGAUGGACCUGCUCUUAACCCCUUCCCGGCGGGAUUCUUUUGACCGUGACUGCUGGGCUGUGGUAUGUCCAGUAUGCAAAGCUCUGUCCAGCAGCAGGCCCCAUUGAACCGGCAGCUGCAUGAUGAAUAGACUGUAUGUGUGGUAUGCACUAAUCCUCACACUAUGAUGCUGCGUUUGCAGUCAUCCGUAGAGAAGGGGUUAAAGUCGAGGUCCGAGCUGAAGAGGAGAGGCUGAUAUCGGAGGCGGGAAGGCACUCUCAGACAUCGUCAGGCUGUUGCCUCUGGUUCAUUACCUUCACGCGAGCUGUCAUGUGGAUGUGGAACAGAUCUGCUGUUGAUCUGCCACAGAGUGAAGAUCUGUAUAUUAAUGGCCAGAAAAAAGCCAAGUCCACUUGUAAUGUCACCAGAUUGGGCAGGUUCUGAUUCCACUUAGCCAGCUCACAGGUUAUAUUGGAAUUUGACGUGAAAAUCCAGACCACCAUGCUCACGGCAUUUGCAGAGUUUUUGGCUCAGCAGGUUGUUUAUACGUGCAUUUGUGCCAGUUUGGUGUGUGAAUGAGUUUUUUGCUCUGCAUUGAGUAAAAACAGGUGCGGUACCUUAAUAGGUGCCUUCAAGUAUUGGACAUUUGUUGUGAAUGUUAUCCUGAUAGGUCUUAUGCAUUUUUAAAAAGUUGCUUCAAAAUUUGCAAAACGUCAGUCAAAAAGGUCAAGUUCAAGGUGAGGAUAGUUAAGAAAGAUGCCAUACCAAUUUGACCAAAUUUGUUGGCUUCACGCUCCAGUGAUGCCUUGAGUCUUUUUCGUCAGUUAUUUAAAUUGAAAUGCAUGGUACUGUGUACAUGUACAUACAUGUAUUUCAGAACCAGUUGUACAUGUACGAUUGAAGUCAAAGUACUCGGGCAGUGUUGACUAAUACAGGCGUUUCACAAUAGUGCGCCACCAAGAGUUUUAAAUGCGUUGGCCAAUCACAAUGCGUAAAU